UUAUGUCAGGACUGUUUCUCUUUGUGUAUUUUUCCCCUUCCUCCUCUCUUAUGCACAGCUGAUACAUAAUGUAGCAAGCCCUGUGUUGUGGCUAUCAACGCUAUUGGCUAUGAGGAGGACUCAGAGCUUUUACAUAACUCGUGUUUAUGUUUUGAUACUGUAACUCCUUGCCUUUCGAUUUGCUGUUCAGUCUCUAUGUGGAUUGCUACAUGUCCACAGUAUUGGACUGUGUGAAGGAUGUUUAGGACAGCCCCAGAUCAGAAGCUGGCAUUAAAAUGCACAUUUUGGUAAACUAUGGACAGCAAAUUUCAUUCUGCAAUAACAAUGAAGACGGAACUGCACACAAGCCAUAGUAGUUCCUAAUCAUCAAAUCCGAUUUUUUAUAUAUUUUUUGCCUUGUUUUGGUGGUCUUCACAUGAGCCAUGGAAAUCUUUAACUGUCCCUCCUGUCAGCAGCUCCUGAGGGACCCUGUGACAGUGCCAUGUGGUCACUCAUUCUGCAGGAGGUGUUUGCAAGGACCAGGAGUUGAAAGGUGCCUAGACUGCAAGCAGAGGCUGAAGGUUAGGGGUGCAAAUGACCUGAAAUGUAACACCCUUUUAUGCAACCUGCUGGAAAAGUGUCUGCCAACUGAAAACAAUGUGAACAGAAUAAAAAGGGAACUGCAGGAACUGCUCUCCAACCAGGAAUAUGAAGAUGCUGCCAAAUUAGCCUGCAAAGGGAUUGUGAUGGCUCCUGAAGAUGUUCCCUUGAGAAUACUUCGUUCCCAGGCUUUUUUAGCUUUAAAACAGUACCCAGAGGCUCUAAAGGAAGCAGAGGUGAUCUGUAAUUUGCAGAAACAGAAUCCAGAGGGAUUCUACAGAAAGGGAAAGGCUCUGAUCCAUAUGGAUAAAAAAAGAGAAGCUCUGGCCCAAUUCCAUCAAUGUCUGGUGCUGAAUCCACAAUUCUCUGAUGCCCGAAGGGAAAUUGAGCAGCUGCUGAAAGAUGUCAGCUGUCAUGUGCCUUCUGCUGUUGAAGAUCUGCUUGCUGAGGUCUCAGCAUACUUGAAAUCAUCCAGUUAUGACACUGACAUCCUUAUAGCUCCCCUGGAAGCGUCAUACAUCAAUCACACCAGUGCCAACUUGAAGCUUGAAGGUGCCUCUGAUGAGGAGCAAAAUUCUCAAUGUCUUAUGACAACAAAUGAUUUGACAUCUUUGAGCCAAAUUCACAAGAUGGAUACAGAGGGCCUUAGUCCCACAGAUAAUGACAGAUCAUGUCAACAUUUCAAGUUGAAAGAUACAGAGGAAGUAGAUCCAGUCCAGUCCGCCCUAUCACUGCAGGACCUGCUAAGUGUAUCGGAUGUUGAAUGCUCUCUUUGUAUUAGGAUGUUUUUGGAUCCAGUCACUACGCCAUGUGGUCACACGUUCUGCAGGGAGUGUUUAGAGCGUUGUUUAGAUCAUCGUCCAUACUGCCCACUCUGCAAGCAAAGCCUUAGAGAGUACCUGAAGGCAGGCUGCUACUCUAUCACUGCUCUUCUUCAGGACCUCAUGUUAAGCAUAUUUCCUUCCGAGAUGGCUGAACGAAAACAGCUUCAUCUUUCAGAGAUUGCUGAGUUGUCUAGCUUGGUCAGAAAUGUGCCAAUCUUUGUUUGCACUGUGGCCUUCCCUGGCAUACCCUGCCCAUUGCAUAUCUUUGAACCACGUUACCGACUUAUGAUGCGACGCUGCCUGGAGACUGGGACCAAGAGCUUUGGAAUGUGCCUGUAUGAAACAGGAAAGAGUUUUGCAGACUAUGGAUGUAUGUUGGAGAUCUUAAACCUGGAUUAUCUGCCCGAUGGACGAUCUUUGGUAGAGACUGUGGGCAGGAGAAGAUUCCAAGUGAAGCAGAGAGGUCUCCUAGACGGAUAUCAUACUGCAGAGGUUGAAUAUCUUGUGGACAAAAGGCUGGAAGGUGAAGAAUUGCAAGAAGUGGAGCACUUAAACAAUAUGGUUUAUCAGCUGCUUCAGGAUUGCUUUACACAACACAGUCAUGUCUUUGUGAAUCAUGGCCAUCCUCCUCUAAAAGAGGACAAUAUACAGGAUUCUCCUGAUGGUCCAUCAUGGUGUUGGUGGCUCCUGUCUGUCUUGCCGUUGGACCCAAGCUACCAGAUGUUCAUCUUUUCUAUGACCUCUCUGAAGGACCGACUUCUACAUUUGAAACACAUUCUGUCAGUGUUUCAGAAUCGGCCUUAGCAUUUUCAACAAAGUAAAUGCCUUGCACAACUAAAUCAAUGAAGAAGCACAAUUACAGAUAUACAAGUUUACCCCAGAUUUGAAGCGGAUUGCUCACAGCUUGUUUGAAUAUAUUGUUGUAAUUUGUAACUUUUUAAGUCAUACCUUGCCCUUUUACAAGCUAUAUAUUGCAAAUUCUGAUUUUAGAGGGAAAUAAACUUGAAAAAUGAAUAUGCUUGUGCUACUGGAAUAAUCCAAUGUGAUGUCUUCUUAAUGCCGUCCUUCAGAAAUAUAGUUCUCACGCACAUGAUUCCUAAUCCAGUAUUUUUUAUUCUCAACAUAAAGACAUUUUCAUGUUGCAGAAAUAUUAUGGAAUUCAUUCAUUAUUAUCUACUACUUAAUAGUAGAUUUAUUGUGAAUCACUUUGUCAAUUCUAAUAGUGAAUGUGACAAAAAUGCAGUUGGACCUCUUGGUCUUGACUUUCGGCUUAUCAACUGUUUAUACUCAUGGACUUGAUGGAAUUAAGCUUUGCGGCUAAAUAUAUAUAUAUAAGAUAACUUUUUUAACAUGAACAUUCAUGUGGAAAAAACACAAAACAUAAGCUUUGGGAGGCUGUUUUUUAAUCUUGCACACUUUUUUAAAAUCCUUCAAAUGAAGAGCCAACUUGGUGAAAUUUUAAUAUACAUCACUCCAACCAGAGAUAGGCAAAUCCCAAAACUCUGAUGUGGAUAUGGACUACUGCCAUGUGCAGCCCCCUAAAGUGUGAUGAAAACUGAAAGCAAUAUCAAGCUACAGAUUGAUCAUAAUAUGAUUUGGAGUCCAGCCCUAUUACCAGCUAGAUGCAAUCUGUAGUUUAAUUUUUCUGGCUCAUAUAUGGGCUCAGAUUGGCAUGUUGCAGAACCCAGUAGGCCACUGGCUGAAUGUGUUGCAAACUGUAUGUAAGCUCCGCUAGUAGCUGAUAAAAUAUGGGAAUAGCAGUCUACAGUAAAUGGUGUCAUGUGUUGCCUGUUCUUGUAUUAUGUUGCCUUCAGUGUGAUUUAUUUUCUUACAUGCAUCCUUUUUGCUUUUAUGUCUGUGUGUUGUUAAUCUGUUUUGUAGAUCAGUUUAAUUAGCACUCUGCUAAUUGGAACUAUAAAAUGUGGGUUAACAUUCAGCUACAAGGGAAAGGUACUCUAUAUACAAUUUUGGUAAUAAAAUUACGAAAACAUUUCUCAUAUCGCUACUAGUUUGUUACUCAUGCACUUUACUAAAUCACUCCUGGAGCUGCACAGUGCUUAUUAGAAUUAAUAUGAGAUAUUGCUUCUUCACUGUGUAAAGUGUAGAUUCUACUGUGCCAUAAAUUCAUAAAAGAUCAGAAAGCG